AUGAUGCCCUGGUCUGGAAUGCAGGGCCAUCCGCCCCAGGCCGUCGGAUCAGCAACGGGAGAGCUGGGCUUUACGGGCUCACGCCGCUGGGUUCACAACGUCUUGACAGCGCGUGGGGCAGCUUCGACUACCACCGCCGCUGUGCACGCAGCACGCACCCACGCACCCACGCGGUGCGGAAUCCGACGGUCUGGUCGACCUUCAGAUCAAACCUCGCCAAACAUAGAUCACGUUCGUGUGGUGGCCAAUCCCGUCUCAGAGCCCGCCCGCGACGGUGGCAGGCCUACCCCCAAGCCCAGUGGUUCCGCGCUGGAAAAGCUCCGCGCUGGCACGGAGAGGGAACCGGUGCCUUCACUGAGAAUCAUCCCAUUGUGUCCGACCAUGCCCAUCGAGAUUCCUUCAAGUGUCGGGUGAUCAAUCACCAACCGUUUUCAAUAGUUU